GGACUCCAAUCCAUUGGGAGAGAAAUGCACAAGGGAAAAAUUGGUUCUCGCUGCUGCUGGCUAUGGCGAUGGCGCUGCUGGGCAUCAUCCCGAACCUUCUCUGCCUUUGCUGCUAGCACCCUUCCUCCCUCUGCUGUCCCCCUUUUCCCUCCCCAUCCCUCCGUCGUCUGCCUGCUCCGCUCCGCCCCCCUCCUCUCUCUCCCCCUCCCUCCUCUUCUCCGCCUCUCUGAAUAAUGCGCCUCUCUUCUCCGAUGCUUUUGGUGGAGAUGGUGGAGAUGGUGGAGAUUGCGAAAUAUUCUCCAUGUUCCCUCGAUCGACCUUGGCUAGGGUUUUCUCCGUAGGCGCGCUGGGUUGAAUUUGCGGUGGAUUUCUGCGGAGUGCACAGUCCGGCGGAGAUCCCUUUUUGAGCCUUCCUCAGUUCUGUGGCUGGAUCGGUGUUGGCGUUCCUUUUUAUUCGUCGGCAAUCUUCUGCGUUGUGGGGACUUGGCCGAUGGUUGUGCAGUCGACCGAACUUCUUCUACUUCAGUUUAGUUUAUUUUAUUUUUUUGACACAGUGCUGUCCGUCUUAAAUCUGAGAUGCAGGGGCGGUCUAUUUUCUGGCUCUGGGUUUUGACAGCCUUGGUGAUUUGAGCAGCGGAAUAUCUGAGCUGCUUUCUAUGGCGCAAGGGCUCUUGUUAUGUCGUUUGAUGUACCGUCGAUUUAUGAAGGCCCAGGUGUCUAGGAAAUGAGGUGCUAGGGCGUUGUUGAAUUGGACGCGAAGGUGUUUCUCUGCGUUUAGGGCACCUUUUAUGUAGCUUCCUGCAUCGAAAGGUGGAGGAGGAUUUCUUCCAGCUGCGGUCUUUUCAGUGAUUUUUUCGGCGUUGAGAAGCUGGAUGCGUGGAGUUGUUCUUGGCGUGAACGCAGGGAAUUCUGUGCUGGACAUAACCGGCAGUGCUUGCUGCCCGUGCAUUUGAUGGAGAACCGCAUGCGAGGAGGAUCGUGAUGGAUGGGUUAAGACUUGCAUGACGUCCUUAUGUUGAUAGACGUAUCUAUGUGGGUUCCGAGACAUGGGGCAUUUGGAUGAUUCAGUGGCAGGUUGGGAAUGGGACAGUGUGCUCCUUCUGGCCAACCCGUCCUUAGACACUAGUCCUUUGCAGAGCUCGCUCCAGGCGCACUCUUCUCUUGAUUACAUCACAGAUUUUGCUGUGGGGCAGUCCUGGGCUGGGUUGGGAAGUCUUCAGACGAGCUCGCCGAAGCCCCCGGAUGGAAAAGUAGCGGCUGGACCUCAAUCGAGCUCUUCGGCUGAGAAAACGACGACCUCAGAUUACGAAUUGUUUCGAGACCCGCGCCUUGAUUGCCCCAAUUUUCUGGCUGGGAGGGUUCCUUGUGCCUGUACUGAUGAGGACGACGACGAGGGAGGGAGCCGAAGCAAGAGGGCCAAGGUGUCUGCUCGUUGCCAGGUCCCCGCUUGCGGAGCUGAUUUGGCUGGUCUCAAGGGUUACCAUCAGCGGCACCGGGUGUGUCUCCAGUGUGCAAAUUCGACCACAGUGAUUUUGCGUGACAUCCCCCACCGAUAUUGUCAGCAGUGCGGCAAGUUUCAUGUGUUGAGCGACUUCGACGAGGGCAAACGGAGCUGUCGAUUUAAACUAGAACGCCACAACAAUAGGCGGCGGAGGAAGGUACAAGAAUCUGGAGAAGACGGUGCAACUCCAGGCGGUGGAAGCGAUAAAGCCAGCCUCAAUAGUGGUGGAGGAAGGGUGAACGGAGACGAAAAUUCUGCAGUUGAAAGCAAAGCCCACGCAGAAGUAGAGCAAAGCGUAGUGGUGCAGGUUUCUAAAGAGGCUUCCUCUCCUGUUGAGCAAUCUGAUACAACCGACACCACACAGAUCCUUUCUGCUGGGAUAGUCGAUGGUUCUGGAUCAAGAACUGAUGGUGCACAAGAGGCUCUUUCUGCCCCAAGGAGCAAGGAGUACACCAUGCCUGGCCCCAAUGUUUCUGGUAUUGCAGAGUCCGCUCCACUGUGGAACUCCACAGAAACGCCUGGCGGUGUUUCCAACGGGCACAAGAGCGGAGUUGACGAAGAUUCUUUACUAGCAUUAUUGUUGGAAGACUCUCCAAACGUAGACGAGCGGUUGCCCUCCCGUGGUUUUGAAUCGACGUCUCCUAUCCCGCCAAGGUCCUCCAAGAAGCCAAGCGCAUAUGCAUCUUCGCACCCAACUGCCCGGAUCUCCUUCAAAUUAUACGACUGGAAUCCAGGGGACUUUCCUCGUAAUUUAAGGCAACAGAUUUUGGAGUGGCUGUCGAAUAUGCCUGUGGAUCUCGAAGGGUACAUACGCUCCGGCUGCACCAUCCUCACCCUAUUCAUUUCUAUGCCUCAGUCCAUGUGGGAGGGGCUGAAUGCAGACUGGGAAGGUGCCGUUGCGAGGCUUGUGUGCAACCCUCAGAACACAUCGGGGUUCUGGGAAAAAGGGUACUUCAAGGCCAAGCUCGGCCGCCAGACAGUACACUUUGAAAAUGGAAAAGCGGUGAAUAGGAGUGGCGGAAAAGAAGACUGCAUGCCGUGCAUGCCUGUCCUGCAAUCUGUUGAGCCUGUAUGUUUUCGGGCAGGCACAGGCUGCAUGCUAAGCAUUACUGGCCGCAACUUGCUACAAGCAAAUACAAAGUUGCUGAUGUCUCACGGCGGAAAGUACAUUAAGGCUUGGGUGCUGAAAGCAAGUUCUGAGGGUAAGCAGGAGGAUAAGUGGCAGAUCGUUGUUCCGCCUGUCGACGAGUGUCAGGCUGGGCCUGUUUUCAUUGAGGUUGAGAACGAAGACAGACUCAGCAACAUUAUGGUGGUGCUAGUCGGGGAUGCAGAAUUUUGCAAUGAGGUGGAAAGCAUGGAGUUGUAUACUAGCAGCUGCGAAGCUCAAGAUCUGCUGUUCGACUUGGGUUGGAUGCUCAAGGAGAGCACCCUUGAUUCGGGUGUUUUGAUUCAACGUCUCCGUUCGCUGCUCGAUUAUGCGAAUGCGAAAGGAUGGGAGCGAGUUGCUGAGCGCAUUCUAGAAGCAGCUGACAGGCGGGGUGUUUUGCGUAAAUUAGUCGGAGCCGCGGACGCACGCUCUUUUGACUGGAGAAACAUCUGGGCCGAAAGCACCGGGCAUAGUCACUCGACUUACAAGCUUUCAUCAUUUGCGGUUCCAGUAUCGAGCCGAAGUUACUCCAUGCCAUCGCUGGCACAGAGCAAGAGAGAUGCGGACGAGCAUACACACAUUGUAGUUUGUAACAGCAGCAGCAAGGAUUUAACGACCACGUCUCUACUACCACAACGGGGGAUGAGAGAGAAGCGUCGUUCUCCAUGGGGUAGGAACACCUACAGGCUUGUGUUUGCUGUUGCAAGCGCGACGGCAGCAUGUGCAGGACUUUGCGUAGUCCUGCAACACCCGGAACAGGUUGCCCAACUAUCGACAUCAUUGCGGCGUUGCCUUUGGAGUAAUUGAUUUAGUGUACUUUGAUCAAGUGGGUUCUGCGGAGAGAAUAUGUACAUGCUUCGAGGGAAUAUUUGUACUUACAGCCCAUUUCAAAUAGCCAGUUCUGGGAGUCUUUAGGACCCUUUGGACCUAGAAGGUACGGAUGCCCCUUUGUAAAUAGUGGUUGGGUUCAGAUUGGUCGGUGUGGUCGUGAUAAUUUUUUAGUGUGGGCGUUUGGUUGUUUAGAGUCUGUUUGUUACACUUGGGUUAGGUAUUAGGUUGAAUUACUGGUUCGAAUGAUUGGGUGGUUGAGUUGAGGUAUGUGCAACCUUGUUGCAUCAUUUUGGUCUGGAAUUUCAAAUGAUGCAGUUCGCUGAUCUGACCACUUGGCAGCGGUUCCUUUGAAAGUUGAGCCAUGCUGCACUGUGUGCACGGGUGUGUUGAUUUCGCUGCAGUGAGGAUUGUACUGGACGAGAAGAGCCGUGGCUGUAAGAAAUGGUCUUGAAUCCUAUGUAGACUGUUAUUAGUACUGUCUGAAGUAGUAUUCUUUUCCAUCACUUUUGUUCCGGUAAUGUUAGAUAUUUUUAGCAAGCAUCCUCUGUGUCGCAAUGUAGAUUGAGAGUGUUAAGAAUCAUAUACUUUCAUGAAUGAGAAUGAAGUUACUAAAUUGGUCAA